AUGAGCAGCAGCCGUCCAACGUCGCCGACACGGCCAUCGCGGCCCGGCAUGCUCAAUCCACACCAACCGACACCCGCGGCCGCAUCAUCGCAGGCGCCGCAACCUCUCCGCAACACACCAUCAUCAUCAUCAUCGUCGUCCGCCACACUAUUUCCCUCCCGGCCGCCGCCCCUCCACCUGACCGUCCGCUUCAGCACCUCAGUCCCGGACCUCCACCUCGACGUCCCCAACCCCGACCGCACCACCGUCGCCGCCCUCAAGCACCUGAUCCGCCCCCGCCUCCCGGCCCCGCACUCCGCCCGCCGCCUCCGCUUCAUCCACGGCGGCAAGAUCCUCCCCGACGAUGCCGUCCUGAGCUCCAUCCUCAGGGCGCCGCCGCCGCCCCCGCGCAGCAGCGCGGCGCGCGACCACAACAGGGACAGGGAAAGGGAUAAGGGCAAAGGCAAGGCCGUCGUCGAGGGGUCCCCCGCCGCCGCCGCCGCAGCAGCAGCAGCAGCGGAUCGCGUCUACGUCAACUGCAGCAUCGGCGACGUCCUCCCCGACGCAGACCUCGCCGCCGAGGCCCGCGCGGCCGCCCGCCCGGUCGCGGACCCCAAGGUGGCGGCGGCGGCUACUACUACUGGUGGCAAGGACGACGGCGGCCGUGGCUCCCAGACGAAGGCGACAGCGGCGACGAUGGCGACGACGACGGGGUCAUCUACAAGGGCGGGCGGCGGCGGCGGCGACGGCACCCUGGCGGCGCGGCGCAGCACGCCCCGCGGGUUCGACCGGCUCCUGACGGCCGGGUUCUCGGGCGCCGAGGUCAACCAGCUGCGGCUGCAGUUCCGGUCGAUCCAGGCGUCGCGGCACACGCCCGACACGAUGCCGUCGCCCGACACGCUGCGGGGCAUGGAGGAUGCGUGGAUCGACAACAACAACGAUGCCGGGACCGGGACCGGCGCGGGCGGCGCGGCAGCAGGAGGAGGAGGUGGGGAUGGCGGUGCUGGGGAUGCGGAUGAGGGGUUCGGUAUGGCUGGCCUCGUGGACGUGCUGGUCAAGGGUAUGGUCAUCGGGUUCAUGUUCCCGCUUGGGAGCGUCGGGUGGCUGAUUCGCGAGGAGGGGCUGUGGUCUAGUCGGUGGCAGGUCUUUGUGUCGUUCGGGUUCAUCCUGAGCUUGACCAUUGGCUUGAUAAGAGCCAUCUCAAGCGGGUGA